UUUCUUUUUUUGCUUUAUAUUUUUCUCUGUUAAUUUUACCAGUUGCUAAUAAAGUUAAAAAAAUGUCCAAAUCUCGUGUUGUCAGUAAAGAAUUUGUAGACUCAGAUACAGACAGUUCUGAUGGGGAAAACAAGAAAACCAAGAAACGAAAAGUAGUAAAAGAGGUAAAAUCAAAUGAUGCUAAAUCAAAUGAUGUUAAAUCAGAAAACACAAAAUCUUGGCCACUUUCAAAACAACGAAGAGUAACAGUGGAUGAAUUUCGAGGCAAAAAAUUAAUUAGUAUUAGAGAAUAUUACACAGACAAAAAUUCAGGAGAAGAAAAGCCAGGAAAAAAAGGUAUUUCACUGACAUUGGAACAAUGGCAAGAGCUUGUCAAAGUAGUUGAAGCCGUGAAUGAAGCAUUAAAAUGAACUUUUUAAAUCAACUUAUUGCUAAUCAUUUCAACCUAUCUGCUAAGCAUUUCAACCUAUAAAUAGACAUGUUAUAGUUUAUUUAUUUAUUUUGUUUGUUGUUAUAGUUUUUUAAAAUGAAAAAUAUUUGUUGUUUAAAAAAUAUUUUUUUUCUUAAGAUGUUUUUUUAGUGAAACUCAAAAUAUCUUAUAUUCUUAA